CCGCGGCGCGCGGCACUUUAGCAGAGGCGAGCGCGGGCCGGCCUGAGGUCUUUCUGUGCACCACAUAGAUGGCUGAUUCUGACCCUGGGGAAAGAAACUACGACAACAUGCUGAGAAUGCUGUCAGACCUGAAUAAGGACUUGGAAAAGCUAUUGGAAGAAAUGGAAAAAAUCUCAGUGCAAGCAACCUGGAUGGCCUACGACAUGGUCGUCAUGCGCACUGACCCUGUGCUGCCAGAGUUCAUGCGCCGGCUGGAGGAUGCCUUCCUCAGCUGCAAGGAGGAGAUGGAGAAGAACUGGCAAGAGCUGCUCAGUGAGACCAAGCGCAAGCAGUAGCCCCACGUCCCAGCUACAGCCACCACCCUCCACCUGCCCGUGUACAGAGGCCCAGGACCGAGUCAGUUACCUGGUGUGCACUGUA